AUGGAAACACUACACGUUGAGCUGGGUGAAGUCCGUGGAUUUAGACAAACACUAAAUUCGUAUCAACUACUUGCUAUAGGUGUUGGUACUACUAUUGGUGCUGGAAUAUUUGUAUUAAGUGGACAAGCUGCUGCAAAAUAUUCUGGUCCAUCGAUCAUCAUUUCGUUUCUUAUAACAGGCGUUAUUGCUUUAUUGUCAUCUUUAUCACAUUCAGAAUUAGGAGCAAUGAUGCCUAGUGCUGGAUCAGUUUAUACAUAUACUUAUGUCGAAUAUUUAGCAUGGUUUAUUGGAUGGAAUUCUGGAUUACUUUAUUUAUUUGCUGUUUUGACACUAGCAGUUUCUUGGAGCAAUCAUGUUGUCCUCCUUGUUGAUAUUGUAUCUGAUUAUAAUGUAACAAACAUGAUUGUCAAAGCACCAGUGGCUUGGAACGAAGAUAGCGAAAAUUUUUAUGUCACUGGUCAAGCGAUUAAUUUACCUGCUAUUGCAAUUACUAUUGCAAUUACAAUUCUUCUUAUUAUUGGAAUUCGUCAAACAGCUAUUGUCAAUCUUGUAUUGGUUGUGAUUAAAAUUAUUAUACUUUUAAUAUUCAUUUUUGCUUGUUGUAAAUAUGUCGAUCGCAAAAAUUAUCACCCGUUUUUUCCACCAAAUAAAGGUUUAUUUAGUGAAUAUGGAGUAACAGGAAUGCUGCAAGCAUGUACUUAUGUAUUCUUUGCAAAUGUGGGUUUUGAUUCAGUAUCAACAGUAGCACAAGAAGUAAGGGCACCAGAGAGAUCACUGCCAAUCGCCAUAAUUGGAUCAACAAUUAUUUCAUCGUUACUUUAUAUUGGAGUAUGUACUGUUAUGGUUGGACUCGUUCCAUACAACUUAUUAGAUUCAGAUAGUCCUCUUGCUGAAGCAAUAAAAGCUACACCUUAUGGUCUUUGGUUAUCGAUUCUUAUGAAUUUAGGUGCAAUCGCUGGUCUUACAACUGUAACAUUAACUCUAAUGCUCUCACAAACUCGAAUAUUUUAUGCAAUGGCUAAUGAUGGUUUACUACCAAAAAUCUUUGCUAGAAUUCAUCACAAGAGAGCAACUCCAUGGCUUUCAAUAUUGAUUAUUGGUUUAUUUUGUGCUGUUUUUUCUGGUAUUUGUCCCGUAGAUAUUCUUGGUGAAACAACUUCAAUUGGUGCCCUAAUUUCAUAUAUUUUCGUACAUAUUACGGUCAUCGUUAUGCGCUAUACACAUGGAGAUAUGCAACGACCAUUUAAAGUGCCAUUUGGUUCAUGGUUGAUUCCAACCAUAGGUUCCUUACUUUGUAUUCUUCUUAUGAAAAGUAUAACAAAAACAACAGGCUUUCGAUUCCUUACAACGAAAUUAAUAAAAAGUGCAUCUAUUACAAGUGCAGUGGAGAUUCUGCCAACAGAAGCAAUUGUUUCGGAACAAUAUACACAAAAUGGAGUUGAAUUGGAUUUAGCUAGUGAAAAUACUGAAACUGCAGUAUAA